CGCGUCAGCGGAAACAACGUCAUUUGUGGCGCGUCGCCAGACGCGAGUGCAGGAGCGAGCAUAAACCUGCCAUUAUGGAAGAGCUAGGAACAAAACCACCCGCCACGAAGCGGAAAAAAGAGGGAGAAGAGGACGGAGGACUCGGAGGGCUAGAACUGGAGACCAGGCUGAGCGAGCAGGUCCGCCUGUACAGACACCUGUACGAUUACUCCAUGAGGGAGCACAGAGACCACUACAUGGCUCAGAAGUCCUGGAGGAAGAUCGCGCAGACUCUCGGGAAAGACGAGGUUUUCUGCAGGAAAUUGUGGAAGAACAUCCGCGACCGCUACGUGCGGGCGAAGAAACGCGUCCACGCUCACAGCAGCGAGGGCGAAGCAGAGAAGCCGUCACCGAUUGUCUUGGACAUGGACUGGCUGUGCAACUUCGUCAAACACCGAGAGAAGGACACGGAGGACACUGCAACAAAACCAUGCAGUCCUGCAGUGGAGUCACCAAACGUCUGCUCAACGGCGGAAGACUUCUCAUUACCAAUAACCAUCUUGGCCUCUUCCACCGCAUCAGGCCUUCCAGCGUCUGCCUCACCUGCAGAGACCCCAUCGCCAUUCCUCUGCGCGCCCUCGCCUACGCCGACUGCAUCCGGACGAAAAAGGACGCACACCGACGAGUCCUUAUCUUUGAGGCUGGAGCAGCUGCAGGUGGAGAGGGUGAAGUUCAUGAAACAGUACAGAGAGAACCAUAAUAAGCAGGAGCCGCAGCAACAAGACACACCACACACACGGUUUGCCCGGGUUUUAGUGGACAUGCUGGGUUCAGUUGACGAGGCCUACCAGCAAGAGGCCAUGCACAAACUGUACCAAGUCAUGUACGAGUACACCACAAAACACCCACGGCUGCCAUCAUGACAGGGUGUUCGGUGGCGUCUCCAUUUACUGUGGCUUCCUCUUGUCAUUGUUGCAUUGCUAUUAAUUAUAUUAUUGUUUGAGUUGGGGUUGCAUUGCUUUUCACAUUGUAUUGUAGAAUAAAACCGUGUUUUUCUUAACCAUAUAUGCAUGCUUUUGAUUGCUUUAACCCAGCACAUGAAGGUAAAUUGUAGUUGCUCAAAGAUUGAUCUGUGAUCACUCAGGAGACGAGUAGGAGUAGCCAGGGCGCCACUCAGAGGGGGGCGCCAAAAACUGCGCCGAGCAAAACAAAUUUAAAAAGUUUUUUAUUUACUUUUUGCUAGGCAGAGUUUUUUGCGCCCCCUUCCAUAUGUGGUAUGGCCAAAAAUAUUGUAUUUAAUUACUUUAACAGUAAUUUAAGUAGUUUCAUUAGAGAAAUCAGUGAAUGACAGCAGCACCCAGGUGGAACGUUUGGCACCGGAGCAGUUGCACCCCGUCCUGUCUCUUUGGCCAGGUGCAGUCUGGAUGAGGAAGUGAAUACUCCGUGUCUUUACUGCUGCUGCAUCCAUCCUGUAUUCUACAGGUUAGUAGUGGGUGAGAGUCACCUACGUUAGCUCCUAAAGCUUCGCUUGAUCACCACGAGUGUCAUCGAGACAUGUUGAUGUUGUUUUGAUUAUCUACUUAGAGUGGUAACAACUGAGAAACUCCGCUGGGCAGUGAGGGGAGACGCUCGCGCACUAGGUGGGCGGGGCUACAUUCGCCUGUAUAGGUGUUUAUUUGACCCGCACGUCGUCUUGCAGGUGGGUCGCGAUAGUAUAUUGUUUACUUUACAGUGUGUAGUUCAGCUCCGACACACACAGUAUCUGUAAUUCAUGUUUUGUUAUUGUGCCUUAUAAAGACCAGUUAUAAGCUAAACUUCAAUAGGUCUAUAUUGUAAAUGUUUAUAUUUCUUUAUGAGUGAUAAUGUAUAUUAAGAUGUUUGGAGGAAAGAGACACCAUCAUAAUUUAAUGUAUGUUUUAUGCACUUUAAAAUGCAGAUACACUCAAAGAAAUGCUUGUACUUGAAAUUUUAUUUAAUUUGAAUAAGAUGCCGUCUAG